UCAAUAUUGAACCAUUUAGUGCCGGGAGAUUCCUUUUUACUACAGCUAUUCGUACAGUCACUAAGAUUUGGGUUGAUUUGAAGGAGUACUGGUGGUCUGAGGAUUAUCCAGUAGCAAGAUAAUUCACUUCGCGUUUGAGGAUCCCACUCCAAAACAAUGAAUAUUUUACCAAAAAAAAGAUGGCAUGUUUUAAAAAAAGAGAACAUUGCUCGGGUGAGGUCAGAUGAGGCAAAAUAUGAGGAGGAGCGAAGAAAAUGUGAAAUUAAAGCACAACUUGCUGAUCAGGAAGCGCGAAUAGAUUAUUUAAGAAGACAAAAAAAUAACCUAACAUCUAGCUCGGGAUCAGAUGGAUUCCAGAUAACUCUAACAAAAGAUAGUAUCCUGAAUGUCUCACAAGGAAACGCAGAAUACGAAAAUGAGAAGAAAAUCGAACAAGAGAGAAAAGAGAAAGCAGUUGGGAUUUUGACUUAUUUAGGCCAAACUGUUCUUGAUGCUGCCGGUGAAAAGCCAUGGUAUGAUGUGCACCCUCGAACUUAUGAGCGUCGUGAGAGCGAACGAAGAAAGAGCAAAGAAGAACUGGAAAUAAAGAAGAAAACAUUGGCUGACCCAUUAACAGAAAUGAAGAAGGUCGAGGAGAUGUUCAAACACAAUAAGGAAGUAAAAAGGCAGAGCGAAGCAGCUGAACUUCAACGUGCCAGUGCUUGCAUUCAUGCUAUGCCAACCUUAUUUCCUGAUGACAUAAUGGUACCAAAGUGCCCAUACAAAGAGGCUUCGAAAAGUCGACGAACAAGUAAUAGGUAUACUCAAUCACUUACUGAAACUUCAUGUAAUUCAUUUGGGGAGCUAACGAAAGAUUUAUCCACGGGGGUUUCUCUGAAUCCCGAAAGUACGGAUAAAAAAUCAGAAUUGAUUGAAAUGGCCAAGCGUUCAGACAUUAAUCGUCUUCGGGCUGAAAGACUGCAACGAGAACGAAAGGAAAGAGACAGGGCAGCAGUUUUACUGGCUAAAUCUUUUGGUUUAGAUGCUUUAAAACCUCCAGAUCAAGAACAAGUGUAUGUAGACGAACGAAGUUUGCCCUUUAAUUCUGCAUUUAAUCCUGAACUGUCGGCUAUCCUGGCUGAACGACGUCAACGACAUCGUGAGUCGAGAAAGCGGAGUUACAAAGAGGUGAAUUAAAUCUUUGCAAAUGGUGAUUUCGCAAACUGUACAUAUUGUUUUUUUCAUUUUCACAAAUGAUCUGUAAACUAUUGGGAUAUGUUAUGUGUAAGUAGUUCUAGUCGUUUGGCCAAAGCCUUUAGUUAUCGUUUUCGAUUGUCUCCAAAAUAUAAAUGCCCUUUAUUUGUGAUUUUCAUCUGUUUUAUGAAAUUAUUAAGGCGGAAACAAUUAUAAACAAACUAUAGUCGGGUGAUUCUAGUAUCAUCAUACUAAACUCUUGACCAAGUUAUUUAGCAGUUGAACAGCACUUAGUGCAGCUUGUUAUUCUAUAAUGAACUAACAAGUACAUAUACAAUGCUGGUAAGCAUC